CGUAGUUUCCGUCAGUUUUCUGAAAUAGUUCAGGCGAUAAAAACAAGUCGACUGCACAACGCGUUGUUGGAUUUUUGCAAAACUUCCAUCAUAGUAAUUGUUAAGAUUAGAAACAAACAUUAACAAACAUACUCUCCGGGAAACGUGUUUGUUUGCUAGCGUCAAGCUUUUGCUGCAACGUGUAAGUUAUGUAAACAAUGCAAUGGAGACAAGCGAAGAAGUGCUUCAGGGUUCUCCGAUGAUUCACGGAAAAGAGCAAGCACGAAUUGACAGGAGUGGGCCCUCAACGAGCAGAAACCCGACCACAGGAACUCCUCUCUCACCUAUGGACCCACUGAACACACUGUCCAACUUUGAGUCAGAGAUGGAGCCAGACGGACAGGGAAACUACUCUCUCUUCCCCGCCUUGGACAACAUGGCCAGCCUGGCAGGAGCUGCCGAGGCUCUAGAGAGUGAACCACCUAACGAUGUUGCAGACAAGCCCAAUCUCACAUGGCUUGAUGCUGCGCAGAUUGUACUGGAGGCAGCUGGACGCCCAAUGCACAUCAAGGAGAUCAAACAGCAAAUCAUUGACAGGGGAUUGGUUCAGUCCAAUGCGAAGUCAAGCCUUGAGGCUGUCAUGUACCGUGAGACACAGAAAGGCAGCAGGAGAUUCAAGAGGAUUGAGAACAGAAAUGGAGUCUUUGCACUGUUGACAGAUGAUGAGGGGCAGCAGGCUCUACAGUCCUUCACCACCCAGUCUUUCAUGGGGUCUCCCCCCCAGUCAACCUUCUCCAGCUCUGGCUCUGCAGCCUCUCUGCCUCCCUUCCCCUCCCCCACGGGUCUCUCUGAGACCAGGCCCAAGACCAAGAAAGGCCCACGCAAGAACCAGAACGAAAAGUACAGACUAAAGUACCUCAGACUACGCAAAGCAGCACUGGCCAUGAUUUUUGAGAAUGCGGCUCUCUGUGAUGAAGUUGCCCACUUAGAGGAGAAGUUUGUGCGAGCAAAAGAGGAGCGCAGGUUCUUACUGAAAUCGCUGUUGCAGUACCAGUCUGUAUCAGAGGGGGAGCUGCUCACCGCUGCUGCUACCAGCUCUCACCCCCCUGUGACCUUCAGUUCCAUCCCAACGGGGGCGUCAGUCCUGCCUGUGGGUCAUAAUCUGACCUCUGGGGCAGAGGAGGGCCUUCCUAAGAAGCCUAAGAAGGAACGAGGCAGGGAGAAUGGGAAAGAGGACGGUCCAAAAAGAAUGUCAAAAAAGCGGAAGCUUGCUGACACAGGGUCUCGUAAGCUGGUUCAGCCCAUCGCCCUGGACUCCUCAGGACGUCCUGUCUUCCCCAUAGUACUGGGGGGUCUGACUGUGUACAGUCUAGGGGAGAUUAUCACAGACAGGAUGCUGUUCCAUGACCAGUGUGCCAUCUACCCAGUGGGUUACUGUAGCACACGCUUCUUCGCCAGCAUGAAGAGCCCUGAUCAGCAGUGCCUCUACACCUGCCAGAUUAAGGACGGGGGUGGUGGCCCACAGUUUGAGAUAGUGCCUGAGGAAGACCCUCAGAAUGCCAUAGCUGCCUCCUCUGCCCUCACCUGCCAUUCCAACCUGCUGAAGGCCAUUGGUGCUCUAAGAUCGAAACCGGUGGCACCCAUCGUGCCUUCAGGAGCAGACUUCUUUGGCUUCUCCCACCCCACCAUCCAGAACCUGAUCCAGAGCUGCCCAGGAGCACGCAAGUGCAGCAAUUAUCAGUGGAUCCGUUUCGAGGUGUGUCGUCCAGGCGACGGCCAGGUUCCACACAGCCUGUCAGAGGACGAUGCCUCUGUCAGCUUUGAGGCAUACCAGAGACACCAGGGCUUUGAUGACAGCAUCAGGGGGGAGCACAAUCUAGUAGGCAUGACUCCACAAUCCCCUGGUUCCUCUCACCAGCAUCUUCUGAGCUCACCCACCCUGCAACCAUCUACAUCUUACUUCAGCCACUGAUCUGUUCCUCCUCAACAUCCAGACCAGUGAAGUAGUGGUAAACGGUGAUCGCUCUUUGCGGUUAAUAAAGUAAUGCUCCAUAUAUUUUCAAUGCAUUUAUUUGUGAUAGGUGGGUAAAUGCUUGUGCAAAAUAAAUUAAAUGGCAUUUACCCUCCUACACCACUGCUCUAGAAAGCCUGGUGACGCCUGUGUGGAAGUUCUCAAUAGGACCAGUUGCGUCUCUACUGACAUUGACAGUUCUGGAAGGAACCAAGAAGGGGAGACUAACGGAAUCAAGUUCUCUUCAAUUUAAACGAUUGACGUAUGUUGUUGUUGUUAUCAUGUGAAAGAAAGUUGAUCUGACCAUCAAGUUGGCCCCUGUAUGAAACACUGUAGUUAGUACUAUAAAAUGGGUGGUUCGGGCCCUGAAUGCUGAAUGGAAUACCACGGCUAUGACAAAACAUUUAUUUUGACUAUUCUAAUUACAUUGGUAACCAGUUUAUAACAACAAUAAGGCACCUCGGGGGUUUGUGGUAUAUGGCCAAUAUACCAAGGCUAAGGGCUGUGUCCAGUCCUGAGCGUUUUUUUUCAUUUUACUAUCAUCAAAUAAUAGAACAAGGUAAUAAUGAUUGUUAAUGAUUUCUCAUAUGGCAUCAUUCAAAAACAAAUUUCCCACCCAUUUGGGUUGACUAAUCCAUUUCUAGGAAGGGGGGGAUUCUCGUCUCACUGCUUGUCCGGCCAGUGGUUUAGAGUGAAGGGAGGUGCAGGUAGAACCCCAUCAGCACUGUAAAUAGGACAUGCCUUAAAGUCACAAGGCCAGGCCCUCCAUCAGUAGCGCAAGCCGGCUACAUUGUUCAUGGAACAGUAAUUCGUGGACACAAGGAUGGCACUAACGCCCCACUGCAGUAUGGGAGCUGGGACCCACACCUUUUAUCAAGGUGGAAAGGCCUGCAUGACAGCAUGCCAUGCUGCUGACAAUAACAAAGAAAUAAUUCAGACCCAGCUCAUCCUGUUCAAAUUUGGUAGAAACACUACACCAUAACUUAAUUAAUACACAUUACAAGUACAACAAUCAGACUUGAAAGAUAUAUUUGGAUUAAGUGACCAAGAUUCUCUGGUUAUAAAAGUUGAUAUACUGGUCAUUGGAAUGAGACGCCCUCCUCCCCAUAAGCCACAGCUCUCGCCCCUAGAGACAGUCUAUAGGCCACGUCCUGCUUAUCCCGGGGAUGGAUACUGGAACAAAGUCACUGGUAAACAGCCUGUUCCACAUUCUAAUACCCUCAUUAGCAUACCACUUAGAAUGAUGCAAUGCAUGCAUCCUAAGUGGUAUGUUAAUUUCGAUAUGGGAACGCAGCCUUGUAUUCUCACAGUAUUCAAAUGUGAACUGCCUGACACGUUAUAAGAGUACAGGCUUAUCAAAUACUGUGGUAUCCAGUCUAUGAUUGUUACUUACCUGCCAAAAGUAGACAUUUCAUCUCCUAAGUCCAUAGCAACAGCCAUGAAUGUGUUCUUCAUACGCAGGUUGGGAGCAAAGCCAUAGUCUGCAGUCUGGUGCCAGCGUAUGUUUGGAAAUCCCUCACUUAAGGAGGCCUUUCUGUAUGUAGAGACCUCAGGACAAAUAUAUAGACAGGAUCAACAUAAGCAACAGUGAAUAACAUCCUGGAGUGAUACAUUGUCAAAGCAAUGUAGUGAUUCCUAUGAUGCUAGAUAGUGGCAAGAAAAAGCUAUGUGAAACAUUUGGAAAUACCUGGGUUCCUGCAUAAAGUGGUCAUACAAUUUGAUCUGAUCUACGUCACAACAAUAGACAAACAGUCUGCUUAAACAAAUAACAAAAACAAUUAUACGUUUUAAUGUCUUUAUUGAACACACCGUGUUCAUAGUGCAGGGUGGGAAAAGUAUGUGAACCCUUGGAUUUAACAACUGGUUGACCCUCCUUUGGCAGCAAUAACCUCAACCAAACAUUUUCUGGAGUUGCGGAUCAGACCUGCACAACGGUCAGGAGGAAUUUUUCUUUACAAAACUGUUUCAGUGCAGCAAUAUUCUUGGGAUGUCUGGUGUGAACUGCUCUCUUGAGGUCAUGCCAAAGCAUCUCAAUCGGGUUGAGUUCGGGAUUCUGACUGGGCCACUUCUUUUAAAACCAUUCUGUUGAUUCAUUUCUGUUUCGUGUUAUUGUCCUGCUGCGUCACCCAAAUUCAGUUGAGCUUCAAUUGGUGGACAUUCUCCUGAAAAUGUCUUGAUAAACUUGGGAAUUCAUUUUUCUGUCUGAUAGCAUGCUGUCCAGGCCCUGAGGCAGCCCCAAACCAUGAUGCUCCCUCCAACAUACUCUACAGUUGGGAUGAGGUUUUGAUGUUGCUGUGCUGUGCCUUUUUUUCUCCUUCCCAACAACUCAACUGUAGUUUCAUCUGUCCACAGAAUAUUUUGCCAGUAGCGCUGUGGAACAUCCAGGUGUACUUUUGCAAUCUCCAGAUGUGCAGCAAUGGUUUUUUUGGACAGGAGUGGCUUCUUCCAUGGAGUCCUUCCAUGAACACCAUUCUUAUUUGGUGUUUUAUGUAUUGUAGACUCGUCAACAGAGAUGUUAGCAUGUCCCAGAGAUUUCUGUAAGUCUUUAGCUGAGCGUUCUGUACUGUGCUCUUGAAGUCAUCUUUGCAGGAUGGCCACUCUCAGGGAGAAUAGAGAGCAACUGUGAUGAACUUUCUCCAUUCAUAGACAAUUUGUCUUACUGUGCGAACAUCAAGGCUUUUAAAGAUACUUUUGUAACCCUUUCCAACUUUAUGAAAGUCAACAAUUCUUAAUCUUAGGUCUUCUGAGAUCUCUUUUGUUGGGUCACAUCAGGCAAUGCUUCUUGUGAAUAUCAGACUCAUGUUUUGUUAUCAGCAAGGCAGCUCUAACCAACAUCUCCAAUCUCGUCUCAUUGAUUAGACUCCAGGUUAGCUGACUCCUGACUCCAAUUAGCUUGGAGAAGUCAUUAGCCUAGGGGUUCACCUACUUUUUCAACCUACAGUGUGAAUGUUUAAGUGAUGUAUUCAAUAUAAACAAGAAAAAUACAAUCAUUUGUGUUAUUUGUUUAAGCACACUAUCCAUUGUUGUGACUUGGAUGUAGAUCAGAUCAAAUUCAAAAUUUGAUGACCAAUUUAUGCAUAAAUCCAGGUAAUUCCAAAAGGUUCAUGUACUUUUUCUUGCCACCAUACAUUUACAGGGAAUUAGGUUUUGUCACGAUUUCAUUUGGUGAACAAAAAGUAUAGCAGUUGUUGAUAAAGCCAAUAAAAAUCUAUCCGGUUUAUUUACAAUCAAUUAGGGAGAACACCUUCAGAGCUGAAGCAAAUAAAAUGUCUUACGGGCAUGUCAAAGGUCAGACAUGUUAAUGUCGCUGUUACUGUAUGCUAAAAGAUGGGAGAAACAGAUGACAGUGACCCCAAGCUGUUUUACCUUGGUACCAGAUAGCUCAUUUGAUGGUCAUGUUGAGAAGUGGAUGGAUCAUGGCAUUCCACAACAAAGAGUUAGUCCACACAGACAAAUACAUUGAAGGUGUAUAUGGCAUGGGGAACCUGGAUGAAAAUAACAUAGUCCAACUGAUAUCAAGUACCAUAGGUGAGAGGAUAUUUUUUAACAUAGUCCAAAAGAAACAAGACAAAAAUAUUCAGUUGUCUACCCAUCUACAAUCCCUAAGUAAAGUUCAAUCAUUUGCAUACCUAAAAAAACAUCUCUAUUGCAAGAGUAUAGCUCUAGGGGCCCUGUACCCUUACCCGUUAAUCCUGUCCAGGUCACAGUGUUGGAGUGCUCGUGGAGAGGACCAGGCCUCCACAGGUGUUCAGGAGGUUUAAGAUGAAUUCCCAUUAUCAACUAAAUGUAUUAAUACCAUUUCACUUAGUCAGUUGGCUGACAGCUAUCAUUUGCAUGACAUUUCAUAUGUAAUUGAGCUAAUAGACUGUAUGAGAUUGUUCGCUAUAUGACUAAAAUAUAAAUGUAUUAAAACUAUGCAGACCCAGAUUUAUAUUAACAUUGCAGAGUAGUCUCAGAGGGAAUGUUUGGAAUCAUGCAGUUUUCACCAGAGAUGAUGUGAAAGCCAUGUUGCUUUGUCCCCCACACAGCCAGACAUCACCAAAAAGCACGUCUGUGAGAGUGAUACCGUGGUUGUUCUGGAGGACUGCAGUCAAGUUGUAGGGACCGCCAGCUUCCAUUGGGACAAGGGUCGUCCUCCAUUUCCCUUGGAAGAGAUCCAAAACCGUGGAUCAGUGAAGGUUACCCUUAUGUCUUCAUAUACAAGGCAGAAAAAGUGGGACACUGAGCACAAUUAACUUUUUUCCUCAUACCCUUUUGCUCAUUCUUACAGAUGUCACCAUCACCUUUAUUGUACAAUGUUAUUUGUUAGAAAAAAACGUCACGAGUUUAGGGAUUUAUCAACUUUCCUCUUUGAAAUUCUGCUAAUUUCAUCCUCAACUUCAUGACAUGACUGGAUAGGCACGCUAAACUAAAGGCAUUGUUGGGAUCAGAUAACUCACCGGCAGCCACACUGACAGCAGGUGCAUUGUUAGUGACUGGUCCUCCUGAUAGAAAGACUGACCUCAGCAUCAUCGGGUCCAUAGCCCCACAACACAGCCCUCUCUGGGGCCUUCUGCAGAACCAUGUGAUCGCCAUAAUAGGAGGCAAAUUGGAACCUACCACCUGGGGGGAAAAAAAACUAUUUUUCAUCUACUGUAUUAGAAAAUAUAUAUUUAUCCAUUCAAUAUUCAAGGCAAUUAAACUAAAUCAUAUUACUCAUAUUCAGAGUUAGACUGUCAAAUAACAUCUAAAUAUUAUCCAAACAGAAACAUAUAUUGAAAUAUACACAGCAUACAAACAUUAGGAACACCUUCCUAAUUUUGAGGUGCAAAGGGCCUCAAUUUGCCAAGGCAUAGACUCCACAAGGUGUUGAAAGAGUUCCACAGGGAUGCUGGCCUGUGUUGACUCCAAUGAUUCCCACAGUUCUCAAGUUGGCUGGAUGUCCUUUGGGUGGUGAACCAUUCUUGAUACCAGUGGUGUAAAGUACUUUAGUAAAAAUACUUGAAAGUACUACUUAAGUAGUUUUUUUGGGGUAUCUGAACCUUACUAUUUAUAUUUUUGACAACUUUAACUAAAUAAAAUGUACGUUUUACUCCAUACAUUUUCCUUGACACCCAAAAGUACUUGUUACAUUUUGAGUGCUUAGCAAGACAGGAAAAUAGUCUAAAUUCACACACUUAUCAAGAGAACAUCCCUGGUCAUCCCUACUGCGUCCGAUCUGGCGGACUCACUAAACACAUGCUUCGUUUGUAAAUAAUGUCUGAGUGUUGGAGCGUGCCCUGGCUAAUCGGUAAAAAAAAGAAUGGUGCCAUCUGAUUUGCUUAAUAUAAGGAAUUUGAAAUUAUUUAUACUUUUGAUACUUAUGUAUAUUUUAGCAAUUGCAUGUACUUUUGAUACUUAAGUAUAUUUAAAACCAAAUACUUUUAGUAUUUUA